GAGCGCAUGCGCAGUGCAACCUUACGUGGCAUCGGCCAGCAGCAGUCGUGCGUGUUUCUCAAUAAAAAGUCUCCCGUACAAUUUAGUGUAAACAUUUCUGGACAUAUUCUUAUUUGUUAUGGUUCAAAUACAUGUAUAACAAUUCAACUAUAAACCAUGAAUCCCCAAUACAUGCAGCAACAACCUCCCUACUACGGGGGGCCAAACAAUGGACCGCCUCGUGGAGGAAUCAACACAAAUCUUCCACCAGUAGCUCACUUCAACGGGUCUGAAAACUCCCAAAGUUUUCCAUCUAAGAAUUCAUCUCAAGGCCCUCCCACUCACGAAUCUGCGUUACCUCCUCAGCAACCUCCUCAUUAUGGAAAUAAUUUACGAGGACCACCGACCAAUCCUCAGUCUGCUCUUCCGGCCAUGGGUCAGCCUCCCAGCAAUCCAAACAAUCUUGCUAAUCAAAUGUCAAAUAUGAAUCUAGGAAAUCAACCGAGACCUCUACCAGGGGGUUUCCCUCCUCAAGUCAGACGAAGUAGUCCAGGAAUGCCACCUCCAAUUUCAAAUAUUAACGGCUACAACAGCCAAUCAGAACAACCUUCUCCCAUAGAUUCCGCAACACAAAGUCAAAUCGAUGGACCAAUGGUCGGAAAAGCUGGUCCACCUCUACCAGGACAAGUUUCAGCUCCUCAGAUGCCACCGCAGCCUGGUCCACCUCUGCCAGGACAUAUUUCAGCUCCGCAGAUGCCACCUCAGUCUGGUCCGCCAAUUUCUCAACCUGCCGGACCUCCACCACAAGAACAAGCCUUAGCCUCAGGUGGACCUCAGUUUCUCAGACAAAUGCCAUCUGGAAAUCUUAGCUCACAAUUCCCUGGGCAGCCUGGACCUGGUCAACAAAGUCAACAUCUUUCUGGCCCCCAAAGUUUAUCAGGACCACCACCACCGGGCCAGUCGAUGAUGCCUGGCCAACAGUUAGCUGGACAUCAAUCUAGCGUUUCUGGGCCACCGCAAAUGCUGUCAGGUCCGCCUUUAUCCGGGCCGCCAAUGCGUGGGCAACAGAAUAUGUCAGGACCUCUGAUACCCGGGCAACAGAAUUUAUCGGGACCCCCGGUACCAGGGCUACAAAAUCUAUCAGGACCACCAUUACCUGGGCAACAUAAUUUGUCAGGAGCUCAAUUACAGCCACAUAUAUCUGGCCCGCCAAUGCCUGGACAAAUUCAUCCUGCUGGGCCCCAUAUGCCUGGUCAAAUGCAGCUGCAGGGUCAACAGCAAUACAUGGCUGGUCCUCCACGUCCUGGACAACAACAGCCUGCAGGUGAACCCCAGGGAAUAAGUAGGCAGCCAGUUGGAUCGAUGCCACCAUACCAGCAGCCAGGUUAUCAGCAGCAAGGAUAUACUGCUCAGCCUGACAUGUAUGCUGGACAGAGAAGUCCCUAUCAAGGUGGUGUGCCGCCAGGGGCACCAGGGGGAUUUCAACCAGGUAUGCAGCCCGGAAUGCAACCGCAACAAGCACGGAGACUGGAUCCUGACCAAAUGCCGAGUCCCAUUCAAGUCAUACAGGAUGAUCAGCAUACCAAAGGCGGUGUAUUUGUGACUAAUCAAAAAGGACUCGUUCCACCUCUGGUAACAACAAAAUUCACUACUCAGGAUCAAGGACACGCAUCCCCUAGAUUUAUCCGGUCAACUAUGUACACCAUUCCAACAACAACAGACAUCAUGAAACAGACCAGCGUACCGUUUGGCCUCAUAAUUAGUCCAAUGGCUAAGGUUGCGGAAGGAGAAUACGAUCCACCUAUAGUCGAUAUGGGAGAGAUUGGUCCAGUGCGUUGUAUACGUUGUAAAGCGUACAUGAGUCCGUUCAUGCAAUUCAUAGACGCUGGUAGACGGUUUCAGUGUAUGUUCUGUAAAGCUACUACAGAAGUUCCAGCAGAGUAUUUCCAACACUUGGAUCACACAGGGCAAAGAAUGGAUCGUUAUGAGCGACCAGAAUUAGUUUUGGGAACGUACGAAUUUGUGGCGACUAAAGACUAUUGCCGGAAUAACACGAUCCCUAAGCCACCAGCUAUGGUCUUCCUUAUUGAUGUAUCUUAUAACAACAUAAAGUCUGGCUUAGUGCACUUACUAUGUGCGGAAAUGAAGAGAAUCAUUCGUAACCUUCCCAUCGAUGCCGGGCAAACUAAGACGAAUAUGAGAGUGGGAUUUAUAACGUAUAACAACACAGUUCACUUUUAUAACAUUAAAGCAUGCUUAGCUCAGCCGCAGAUGAUGGUAGUUGGCGACGUUCAAGAAGUCUUCAUGCCUCUGUUAGACGGGUUUUUGUGCGACGCGGAAGAAAGUGAAGCCGUCAUUGACAGUCUAAUGACACAAAUUCCAGCCAUGUUUUCUGACACUCGUGAAACUGAGACCAUUCUUGCACCCGCCAUUCAAGCCGGACUGGAAGCACUGAAGGCUUCAGAUUGUGCUGGAAAAUUAAUGGUAUUCCACUCAACUUUGCCGAUUGCUGAGGCACCCGGAAAGUUAAAAAAUCGUGAUGAUCGCAAGCUGUUGGGCACCGAAAAAGAAAAAACUAUAUUAGCUCCACAGACCAAUGUAUACAACAAUCUUGGACAAGAAUGCGUGGGAGCAGGGUGUAGCGUUGAUUUGUUUAUAUUUAACAACUCGUAUAUUGACAUAGCAACAAUUGGUCAAGUUUCGCGUUUGACUGGUGGGGAAGUCUUCAAAUACACGUACUUCCAGGCUGAUAUUGACGGGGAACGAUUGAUAACAGAUAUAAUCAACAACAUUAAACGGCCAAUAGCUUUUGAUGCUAUCAUGAGAGUCCGUACUUCCACUGGCGUUAGAGCAACAGACUUCUAUGGACACUUCUUUAUGUCCAAUACAACAGACAUGGAAUUGGCCAGUAUAGAUUCUAACAAGGCAGUUGCAAUUGAAAUUAAACACGAUGAUAAGCUGGGAGAUGAAGAAGGUGUAUUUAUCCAAGCAGCUCUAUUAUAUACGUCUUGUGGCGGAGUUAGAAGGUUGCGAGUAAUAAAUUUGGGAUUACGCACCUCAUCUCAAAUGGCGGAACUAUACAGAGCCUGCGAUUUAGACGCUAUAGUUAAUUUCUUUUCCAAACAGAGCGUGUUCAAGCUAAUCGAAGCAUCACCCAAGGCGGUAAAAGACAACUUAAUCUCAAGAUGUGCAACAAUGCUUGCCAUCUAUAGAAAACACUGUGCUUCACCAUCUAGUGCAGGACAACUAAUCCUGCCCGAAUGUAUGAAGCUCCUGCCACUUUAUGUGAAUAGUAUACUGAAAAGUGACGCGAUUUCUGGUGGUGCAGACAUGACCAUUGAUGAUAGAUCUUUCGUCAUGCAAGCAGUAGCAACCAUGGAUAUCCCAACUUCAGUAGCUUACUUUUACCCAAGAUUAUUACCGCUCCACGAUAUUGAUCCACAAGGUACUGAACUACCCCAAAUGGUUCGCUGCUCAAUCGACAAAUUCACAGAUGACGGCGCUUAUCUCCUAGAAAACGGUAUUCACAUGUUCCUCUGGCUGGGUCUCGGCCUUUCAUCGCAAUGGGUGCAAGCUGUGUUUGGAGUACCUUCAGUAGGACAAGUUGACAUCGAUCGCACGAUACUCCCAACCCUGGAUACCCCGUUAAGCCACCGAAUUACGGAAAUAAUAACGCAAGUUCGUUCGCAGAGACAUCGUUGCAUGAGGCUGACAAUUGUGAGGCAAAGAGAAAAGCUUGAGAUGGUUAUGCGACACUUCUUGGUCGAGGAUCGCGGCGGUGACGGAAGUGCGAGCUACGUCGAUUUCCUGUGUCAUAUGCACAAAGAGAUCAGGACACUUCUUAGCUAAUAAACGUGUCCUGCGUACGCACGCUAAUUGUGUCAAUCAUCUUUCCACUCAAUUACAAGUAUAGGUU